AUGGAAGAGGAGAAAAAGAAUACUGAAACUACAAUUGAUGUUGAACUUCAAAAUGUAAAGGAGCACUUCGCAACAGGAGUUUCCAAGAAUAUCAGCUACAGAAAACAACAGUUGAGUAACCUCAUUAGGGGUCUGAAGGAUAUGGAAUCUGAAUUUUUACUUGCCCUUAAGUUAGAUCUUCAAAGAUCAGAAUAUCUAUCAAAAGUGAUCGAGUACCAGCAUCUUAUCUCAGAAGCUCAGCAUAUUAAGAGCAAUCUAAGUAGUUGGGCUAAGGCAAAGAACGUUCCAACUCCAAUGUUCAUGACUCCUGCCUUGAGCUAUGUCAAAUAUGAACCUUUGGGAGUGGUUUUGAUCAUGAAUGCCUGGAACUAUCCUCUUAUGGGAGCCAUUCAGCCUCUUGCAACUGCUAUUGGAUCUGGAAAUAUGGCGAUCAUCAAGACAUCAGAGGUUGCUAAAAGCAGCUCUAAGGUGAUCGUAAAGCUUGUCCAGAAAUAUCUUGAUAAGAAGGCUUACAAAGUAAUUGAGGGAGAAGUAGAAGUAUCUAAAGAAAUCAUCACAAAACCAUUCGACUUAAUUGCAUUCACAGGAUCAUCAGAAAAAGGAAAGCUCGUGGCUGAGGCUGCAGCUAAAAAUUUGACUCCUUGUAUUCUUGAAUUGGGAGGAAAAUGCCCGGCAAUUAUUGAUAAGUGCGCAAAUAUUGGCCAUGCUAUCUCUAAAAUUCUAGUAGCAAGGUUCUCUAACUCUGGGCAAACAUGUGUAGCUACAGAUUAUGUGCUUGUCCAUGAUGACGUAUCUAGCGGAUUCAAGAAAGAAUUUACUGAGAGACUUGUUAAAGAACUCAAGAAUUCGCAAUCUACACCAGAAACUUCUCUUGACUCAGAUAAAGGAGGAAUCAUCAAUGAAAUACAUGUUGAAAGGAUUAAGGGAUACCUCUCUGAGAACCAUGAGGGCAAAGUAUUAUGUGGUGUCAAGAACCAAGAAGACCUUAAGAAAAUUAAGCAGAAGUGGAUCCCACCUACCAUCAUUGAAGAUCCCAGCUUAGAGUCAAAGAUCAUGACUGAAGAGAUUUUUGGCCCAGUUUUGCCCAUAAUUUCAUACACUGAUAUUGAAGAAGCAAUCAAAUUCAUUAACCAAAGACCUAAGCCUUUGGCUGUGUACUACUUCGGAUGCCCAUUCAGAGGAAACGGAAAAUUAGUCAGAGAUUCUACUUCUUCUGGAGCUUUUGUUCAAAAUGAAGCUGCUUUCCAAGCAGUCCAUCCUUAUCUCCCCUUCGGAGGAGUUGGUGAGAGUGGAUAUGGUUCCUAUCAUGGAGAAUUUGGUUUCAAAUCCUUCAGUCAUCCCAAAGCUUGUAUGACCAAGCUUCCAUUGAAUUUCUAUCCAUUCAACGUAGCUUCCUAUCCUUUCACUGGUCUGAAAGAAUUUACUGUGAUGAUGUUCCUAAAGUUCGGUCAGAUUGGCCAGAAAAAGCUUAUUAAGAGAAUCAUCCAGCUUCUCAUUCUCUUCUGGAUCAUCAAAGGAUUCGCAACAGGUACCUUCCAAAAGAAAUGGAGAGUGUACAAACCUAUGAUCAUGAUGGUCUGGGGUAUGGUCAAGCCAAAGUUCCUUAGAUAA